CGGAGGGAGUAUGUCUUCCCAUUAUAAAAACCCUAAAACCCUAUCAAGCACAUCUCACUCAUUCCCAACACCAAGUGACAACAACCUUUUGCAUUUCCCAAUUCUACCAAAGAAAUAAAAGAAAAAUGCAAGAAAACGGCAAAACGCUGCGAAAUAGGGUUUACGAGGAAGAAGACGAAGAAGCCAAAGCUUCGACAGAGAUAUGGAGAUACGUGUUCGGUUUCACGGACAUGGCCGUGGUGAAGUGUGCGAUCGAUCUCAAGAUUCCAGAAGCCAUCGAGAACCAUACCUCACAGCCCGUCACUCUAGCAGAUCUCUCCACCGCCGUCUCUUCCUCUCCUCUGCCGCUCCUCCGCCGCAUCAUGAGGUUUCUUGCCCACCGUGGCAUCUUCAAAGAAGUUCUUACCAAAGAUGGCAUUGUCGGAUACUUAAACACACCUCUCUCUCGCCUCAUGAUGAGCAAAUCAAUGGCUCUUUUUAUCCUCCUCGAGACCACCCCCGUGAUGCUGGCGCCAUGGCUGAACCUGAGCUCCGUAGUCUCGGCCGUGUCCGGCGAGGGUUCUCCUCCGUUCGACGCGGCUCACGGAAAGAACGUGUGGGCUUACGCGACGGAGAAUCCCGGCCACAGCGAGAUCAUCAACCAGGCGAUGGCAUGCGACUCGAGGCGAAUGGUGCCUGCGGUGGCCGGCGCGUGCGCGGACGUGUUUAACGGCGCGUCGACGGUGGUUGACGUCGGCGGUGGAAACGGUGAGGCAUUGGGUAUACUGGUCAAGGCGUUUCCGUGGGUAAAAGGCUUGAACUUUGAUCUCCCUCAUGUCGUGGAAGCUGCGGAGAAGUUCGACGGCGUUGAGAACGUUGGUGGUGACAUGUUUGAGUCUGUUCCUAAUGCCGACGUUGUCUUCAUCAAGUGGGUGUUGCAUGACUGGGGGGAUAAGGAGUGCGUAAAGAUACUGAAGAAAUGCAGAGAAGCGAUCCCCAAGGAGGAAGGGAAGGUGGUAAUAGUGGAAGCUGUGGUGGGAGAGAAGAAGAAGGGCGACAUGUUAGAGUAUGCGAGGUUGAUGCUGGACAUGGUGAUGAUGGCUCAUACGACCAGAGGCAGAGAGCGGACAUCGGAGGAGUGGGAUCAUGUCCUUACCGCAGCUGGAUUCGCCCGUUACGAGAUACGAGACAUAAACGACGUUCAAUCCGUCGUUGUUGCUUACGUGUCUUAGCCCAAAAAUGGUGAAAAAGAAGCCUAAGAAAGAGAUUUCCAAUCAUUUGAAGUAGAUCAAUUGUGAUUUCAAUAACAAGGGGUUUGUGUUUUGAUCGAGUUUGGAAUAGUUGUGUGCAUGUGCAUGAGAUGGAUCCUACAAUGGCCGAAGUGUGACCUCUUUGUAUCUCUUUGUUUUCUUUCUAAUGUUCUUGUGUUGUGUGUCCACAGAGAAAAUUAGGUUGCGCCGUUACCCUAUACAAAUAGAGUGGUUGCGAUUUUCGAU